AUGGACCUUCGGAUUCCUGCUCAACAGAUCGAGAUCAUCCACAACCCAGCGCCAAACUGUUCCAGGGUCAGUAGAGAACUCAAGGUGAAAUUUCGCGACGUCUAUCUUCGUGAGAAAAAGGAGACAGAUAAGGACUUUGUUGUUACGGAAAAGUCCAUGGAACUUCUUGCGUUCCAGGUAUGGGAUGUCCAAUUCCGGAAAGCCCUGCAGGCGACGGUAAGUCGGCCCCCUAUGCUCAACCUUGUCGGCCCAUGUGAUCCCGUCUUCCUUCAUGAUUUCAUGCUUUCACAUACUCCAACAAAAUGA